AUGUCGUAACCACUUGAGAUGUGUGUAUAUAAACGCUGAUCAAAAUAGGAUUGGAUAUAUAUCUGUCAUCAUGUUGCACCUGAAGCUUGUAUCGGCGAUUCUCUUGCUUGGAUGUCUUACCUCCAUCCAAUGCGAGGAUAAUUUGUUACACAUAUUCUUGGGUAUUAUUCCUGAAGAAUCAACAUCUACAGAUGCUCCUUCUAAUAACUUUGAUUACGAGUUCCUGGUUGACGCAGAUGUACGUAAUGUACCUUUCGACGAUCCCAACUACACUUAUUUCCCAUUUAUCAAUAAUGAAUUUGAAUUCUACGCCAAAGGCGAAGGCACACUGAAAAUAUCCCUCACCAUGUACCCAAUUGAAUCCAACCAACUGUUCAACUACAAAUUGCAUAUGGACAGUGCCUCAGUUGUGUUGACCAAAGAAGGUCUAGGAGUAGACACUAAAACCGAGGAUUUCGGAUUUCUGACAAAUUCAUUCCAGCAUUACAAGCUGUCAAUUGUAGAAGUUAUUGAUACAACAACCACUACAGAAGGUUCCGAGGUCACAACCGGGGUUCCCACAUACCAUCACGAGUUGAUUCUUCAUAAUAUCGAAGACCAAACAGAUGCUGCUUACGUAAUCGACGCAAGCGUUGACUUGAUAUAUAUCGGGUUCGGGGCACAAGAUAAAACCGCCAACUUGAUGAUUGAUAUUAAGAAUAUUGUUAAGGAAGAGGAAAAGUGAAGCUUUUCUCUUAAUUUUUUGUCUAUAUUUUAAUUAUUUAUCUAUAUUAAUAGAUGAAAAAUAAAAGAUUUUAAAAAUUG